GCUAAGGGACCGGCUCUCCGGCCAAGCGGCUGGGUGAGAUCCUUACGUGGCACCUCCUGAGGGGGCUCGUGGGAUGGAAGAAAAUACGAGCCCUAGAGCCGCACUUAUGAGCAUCUCCGUGGCGGGUCACGACUGCUGCGGAGGCCUCGGCAAUCUCGACCUCAGGCAGGCAGAUCUCUUCGUUAUGACGUGGCUACUGCGUUACGUGGACCCCACAGAGCCCAGCUUUGUGGCUGCCGUGCUCACCAUUGUGUUCAAUCCGCUCUUCUGGAAUGUGGUAGCAAGGUGGGAGCAGAGAACUCGCAAGUUGAGCAGGGCCUUCGGGUCUCCCUACCUAGCCUGCUAUUCCCUGGGCAGCGCCAUCCUGCUUCUGAACGUACUCCGCUCCCACUGCUUCACGCAGGCCAUGAUGAGCCAGCCCAAGAUGGAGAGCCUGGAGAACCACACCACCUACUUCCUGGGCCUUGCACUGCUGGGCUGGGGCCUUGUGUUUGUGCUGUCCAGCUUCUUUGCACUGGGGUUCACUGGGACCUUUCUAGGUGACUACUUUGGGAUCCUCAAGGAGGCCAGAGUGACCACAUUUCCCUUCAGCGUGCUAGACAACCCUAUGUACUGGGGGAGUACAGCCAAUUACCUAGGCUGGGCACUUAUGCACGCCAGCCCCACGGGCCUGCUGCUGGCGGGGCUGGUUGCACUCGUCUACGUGGCGGCACUCCUGUAUGAAGAGCCCUUCACCGCUGAGAUCUACCGACAGAAAGCCACCAGGUUGCACAAAAGGAGCUGACAGGGCCAUGAGGGAUCUGUGGAAAGCCGGACUGGCCCUCCCAGCUGCCCCAAGCAACAAUCCUUCUUGGGAAGAGCAGCCCUGGCCACUGCACCAGUGCCUUGGAAACCAUUCAUGGGGGCCUCAGGCAUUACGCCAUGUAACCGCUGAGACCCCCAUCUCCACCAUGCCUCAACACACUAAUAAAGGCUUUGUGACCUCAGUACCUCUCUGGUCCCCCUUCCCAUCCUGGUCCAGGCGGGGAGCUGUGUGGGGGAUGGGCUUCUGGGCCAGAUUGGUUUGGCCCUUUCCUGUGCAGCCUCCUGGUGCUGUCUAGGAUUCUCAGAAGCCCUCAGCAGUAGAACUGGCUGCAGCCACAGCCCUUCCUAAGCAUUGGACACCUGGGUCACCUGCCAUCCAUGCCCCAGCAUUCCCAGGACAUGCCCUUGCUGCCAGGAACCCAGCUCAAUAUCCUCCAACUUUAGGGUGGAGGUUUAUCAGAUUAAAUGGCACUGCCAUUGCACUAAGAUUGCCACCCAAAAGCAGGAUCUAGUGGACACCCCUGUGUCCAUCAGAGUGGGGUAAAAUUCAGCUGGAGAGAUAGGAUGUGUAGGCAGGGCACAAGUGACCAAGAAGGUGGUGUCAGAAAUUGAUACUGGAGCAUCAGAGGGGGCCAAAGGACAGUCUUCCUCUGUUCCUCCGGGCUCUGUGUGGCCAUUAGCAGCUGGGCCCACCUUGACCCCCAGGAC